CCUCUUCAUUUGACCUCCUAGUGUGCAAGAGUUUUGUGGCCCGUAAAGAGAAGCCGCGACUGAAUUUUACAAUACGUUUUUAUGACGUUGUGCUUUUAUUAAUAACUAUAUAAUGUAUAAAUUAUAAUAACUCAAUAAUUACAAUAUAUAUUUAUAUAUAAUUUUCUAAUUAUUAACAAUAAAUUUGAUUAUUAUUAAAUUAAUAUUAGAGGUAUUUUACCGCACAGAAAAGCUGCGUCUUCGUGACGCUUGUGUUACGGGGUCGCGGGUGAAUUUUGACAGAGAAAGAGUUGGAUCUUUUGUUGGUGAAGGAAAAUAAUUAUUAAAAAUAAAAACGGGAGCGGUCAUAUUGUUUAUAAUAAUUAUUUAUAAUUAUUUUUGUUCAACAAUAUAAUACAAAAUGCCGGCGGUCAAGAGGGAAGCACCAAGUCCAUCAAGUGCACCAAGUGCGCCAGUUGUGCCGAUUGCACCAAGUGUACCAGCUGAAAGUUUGACAUCAGGUGUUGCUCCACCAACGAGUAUUCCGAAGAAUGUCAUAUUAUCAUCUUCAACUCAAAAAAUAUUAUCAACCAGUGAGGAUCUUGUCUCUGAAUAUUCGUCUGAGAGUCCAGCAUCAACAACAGCAAGAUCAGCCUUAAAAAAAGUGGAGAGAAUACCAGCAGUUGCUGUGGAUUUUGUAAAAGACAAAUCGGGUUUACCAAAUUGGGCAUCAGUAACAAUAGUCAUAGUGAUUGUCGCAAUAAUAUUUGGAAUAUGUGGCUUUUGUAUAAGAAGAUGUUUCCGAAAACGUCGUUCGAAGGAUGGAAAAAAAGGUAUCAAAGGUGUCGAUCUCAAAGGUGUACAAUUACUCGGUGGAACAUACAAGGACAAGGUACAGCCGGAUAUGGAAGAAUUAACUGACAAUGCUGAGGAGCCUGAUGAAGCUGAGAGCAAACAGAGCGAGGUCAAACUUGGAAAGCUCCAAUACAAGCUUGAGUAUGACUUCAACUCAAACAGUUUGGCAGUGACAGUUAUUAAAGCUGAAGAGUUGCCAGCUCUUGAUAUGGGUGGAACUUCUGAUCCGUAUGUUAAAGUUUAUCUUUUACCAGAUAAAAAAAAGAAAUUUGAAACUAAGGUACAUAGAAAAACACUGAAUCCAGAAUUCAAUGAGACAUUUACGUUCAAGGGAGUUCCAUAUGCCGAUGCUAUGAACAAAACUCUAGUAUUUGCAAUAUUCGAUUUCGAUAGAUUUUCAAAACACGAUCAAAUUGGUGAAGUUAAAGUUCCACUGUGUCAAAUUGAUUUGGCACAAACAAUUGAAGAAUGGCGAGAAUUACAAAGUGUCGAAGGUGAAGGUGGACAAGACAACAAACUUGGUGAUAUUUGUUUUUCACUUCGUUACGUACCAACAGCUGGAAAAUUAACAGUCGUCAUAUUGGAAGCUAAAAAUUUGAAGAAAAUGGACGUUGGUGGUCUAUCAGAUCCAUAUGUUAAAAUAGCAUUAAUGCAAAAUGGAAAAAGACUCAAGAAGAAAAAGACAUCAAUCAAAAAAUGUACCCUCAAUCCAUACUACAACGAAUCGUUUACCUUUGAAGUUCCCUUCGAGCAAAUUCAGAAAGUGAAUUUGAUGGUAACUGUAGUGGAUUAUGAUCGUAUUGGUACAUCAGAACCAAUUGGAAAAGUUGUACUUGGCUACAAUGCGAGUGGAACUGAACUACGACAUUGGUCAGACAUGUUGGCAUCACCAAGACGUCCAAUUGCGCAAUGGCAUACGCUCAAGGAUCCAGAAGAUGGUGACAAAAAAGAUUAAAUAUCUUCCUUAAAUUAUUAAAAAAGGAGUAUAUCGCAAUGUUGAUAAAAUUAUAAAUUAACAAAAUUAAGUUGAAAAAAAAAAAAUAAUAAAUAAAUAUUAUGAAGAGGAUAAAGAAGAAAGAUAUAUUUAAAAAUGAAAAAAAAUUACAGAAUAUUUAGUUGAUAUCUAUAAAUCAGUUUUAAAAAAAUCAGUAAUUAUUUAAUACUGCAAAAUGGAUAAAUAAAUUUUAGAAUUAAUAUUAUGUUCUGGUAAAAUUUAUAUUAUACUUCAUUCUGUAGAAAAAGAAAAAAAAUAAAAUAAAAACAACAACAAUUUAGAAAAAAAAAAAUGAAAAAGUAAUUCGAUUUGAAAAAAAAUAAAAAAUAAUUCAAGUUAUAAAUAAAAUAAAUAUUAUUUGUUAUGUUAAUUUAACAAAUAACAAUUUGAUUAUUUAUACAUUAGUCGUAUUAUUUCAACAAUAUUAAUGUUUAUUAAUUUAAUUAUGUUAAUUUAUGUUUGAUAAAUUAGUCGACUGUUAUAAUUUUUAAAUUGUAUUGUUGUUUUUAUUUUUAUUUUUCAAAUUAUUGGAAGUACAGUGUUCUUGUUCAAGUCUUCGUACGCUACAAUAAAUUUAAAAAUUAAUUAAAUUUGAUUAAUGUACAGAUUAUUUUCUGCAGUAAGAAAUCCUUUAAAAUAUUUAGCUAAAAAUUGAGUUUAAAAAUUUAAACUUAGUAUUGAAAAUAUUUCAUUUUAAAAAUGAUUUUUAAUAUAUUUAAACGGGCCUAUUCACAUGGAUUGUAAUUGUCGUUUAAUUUCUGACCAAUACAUAAUCACAAGCAAAAAACAACAAAUUACAAUAAUUAAUUUAUAAACAGCUUUUUUUUUUUUAAAUAACAAACGGAAGAUGACAUCAAAAACACAGAUUUACUUUUGUUUGAUUGUGUUCGAUGAAGGAAUUGAAUAAUUGUACAUACUCUUUGUUUUUUCACAAAAAAAAUUUAAAAAAAUUCCAGCUAAAAAUGAAAAUAAAUAUAACAAAAAAAAAAGAAAUAUAUAUUAAAUCGAUGUCUUGUAAUUAUCCUCCGUUUUAUGUGUUAUAAUUGGUCAGUAAAUAACGAAAUUGUAAAUACAUUUCCUGUCAAAUUAAAUAACAAUUAAUUGUUGAAAAAAAAAAAAUAUAUUCGUUGAUAUUUAUUGCCCCGAUUUCAUAAAAAAAUUCACAAUAAUUAAUCGGCCUUUAAAAUCACGUAAAUUCGGAAAUAAAUAAAUAACUUGGUCCGAAAUUAUUAUCAGAAAUAAAUAUGAUUUUGAAAAUCAUAAGAUGUUUAAAAAAAAAUAUAUUAAAACGGACAAUAUUAUACAAAUUAUGCAUGAAUUUAAUUGUGAAAGAAACAUUUUUAAAUAAUCAUUGUUAUUGAUAAUUUUAUUAACAAUGAUAAUGACUUGACAAAAUUAACAAAAAAAAAAAAAAAUACAUAUAUUACAAAAUAAUAUAAAUAAAUAUAUAAACGUUCUCUGGUUGAUUAGAAUUUUAUCGAAAUGAAAAAUAUGUCUAUUUCGACUUGCAUUGGCUCUUCUCAUCCACAUGUAAGCAUGAAAAAUUAAUAAAAAAUAUCCAGCUAUAUUGUUUCUACUUAAUUUUCAAAUAAAGGCAUGAGAAAAUAAAAUUUUAAAAAUACGAGAAUGAUUGGUUACGAAUGACAAUAUGAAUGUGAGAAUAAAUUCAGCACAGUAGAAAAUCAUUUAUAAUUAAUAUUUAAUAAUAAAAUCCACCACUCAGUAUCACUAAUAUUUAAGAUUUAAAAAACAUAUAUAUACUAAGGAGAAAAAUUGGCGAAAAAAAUAUUAAAAUAACGACAGGAAAAAUUUAAAGCUAAAUCGUAUCAUCAUUUUUUUAUUUUUUUUGGUUCUAUCGUUUUGUCGAUUAUAUGGCUAAAUAUCUUGGUCACAAUAUUUUGAAUAAUAAAUAUUUCAAAGUGAAAGAAUAGCCUGGUUAAAAAUAUCAAAUUAAAAAAAAAUUUAUUCAGAAUUUUUAACGACAGAUUAAAAAAAAUAAUUCAUGGAUUAUUUGAAAGAUAAAUAUUGAAAAAUUAAUUUUAAAAUGAUAAUGCUAGUCACUAGUAAUAGAACGACUAAUUAGCUUGAUUUUAAAUUAAUUAAUUUUAAUGCUAUCUAAGAUUAAAGUGAAUUAAAAAAAAAAGAAAAUCAUCAAGAGAAUUUUUAUUUAUUUAUCGUAAUUUUUGAGACACUUUAAAUUGUCGUUGAACAAUUAUUUAUGCUUGUAUUAUUUUAAAAAUAAUAUCAGGUAAAUUUAGAAUUUGUUUUUUUCUUUAACCAGGAUAUUUUACUUUGAAAUAAUUCGACCAAGAAAUUUAUAAUCCGAAUAUUUUGACCAUGACAUUCAGUUUUGUCAGGACCAAUUAAAUCGUAAACGACUUAUCAUGAUAGUCAGUUUAAAGUCAAAUGCGGCAUUGUACUUGUAUUGAUACAUAAAUAAAUUAAAAAUUAAACUAAAUAUAAUUUCAAUUGUUAUAAAAAAAUAAAAACAAAUUAUAAUAAAGACAGAGACGUCGGGGCAAGAAUAAAAGAAAGAAUAAAAAUCAUCAUAAAUUCAUAUAUAAUCGCUAUCAUAUUUUCUUCCUACCUAACCCCCAGCUUGAAUAAUUAUAAUUCAAUAAAAAAAUUAUCGCACAUUUAUAAUUUAAUGAAAAUCAUAAAUAUCAUAAUAUAUCAAAAUGUAUUUUUGCCUCCUCGAGGAGACAUGUCCAUCAAAACGAGAGUACCUCAGAUUGUAUAAUGAAAAAAAAAAAUAAAAACAGAUUAAUAAAAAAAAUUAAAAAAUAUAUAUAACACACUGAAUGUGUAUAUAAAAUAUUAUUAUAUAACUGUUGGGUACGUAAUGUGACGAAAAAUAAAUAUAACGUUAACUAACAUCAAAAAAAAAUGUAUGAUUAAAUUGAUGGUAUCUGCACGCACGUACCUAUACACGUAUCUAGAGUGCCUUUCAUUAUUUUAGUCAUUUAUUUCGCAAAUAUACUUGUGACUAUAUUAAAAAAAGAAAAAUAUAUAAAAAAAAAAAAUUUAAAAACCGACGU